UUGCAUGACUUGCAUCUCACCAUAGCGAUAGCGAGUUAGCUAUAGUCUAUACUCUAUAGAUAUCAUGGUAACUUGGUAAUCCAGUCAAGGAUCGCGACAACAUCACUACAAAUAAAAUCACCACACGUCACUCCAAUCCACAAUCUCAAUCACCCCCCAUACCAUUGCAACAAAUCGAAAACGAACUCAAAAAACACUUUUUAAUUCCUUCUAUUCAGUAUUCACAACACAACAAAUCAACGAUCACACAUUUUCCGGCGAAAAUGUCAGACACCGAAAACUCUCCGGCGAAAACUCGCCCAAUCUCCGGCACAGAAAACAGCUGGUGCAAAGCAGCUUCAGGUGGAACAGGCAUAACCAUACUCUCUCUCCUCUUAAUCAAACAACCCAAUUUCACCCUUCUCCAUAACUCCCUUCACAAACUCCAAUUAUCCCACCCAAUCCUCCGUUCAAAACUCCACUUCAAUUCUCUCUCCUCCACUUUCUCUCUCCUCAUCCCUUCAUCUUCCACCCUCCGAUUAACCCACCACGAUUUCCAAUCAACGGCCAAGAUCAUCCAAUCAAAUCCCCCUUCUUCUGACCCCACAACAACCUUCCAGAUCCUUCUAGAACACGAGCUUAACACUAACCCAUGGGAGAAUCUUGACCGUUCAUCGAUUUCGUGUAGUGUCGACGUUUUGCAUGCGAGUGUUUAUGAGAUUGAUGAGGUGGGUAAAUGGGCGGUGAUGAUUAAGGUUCAUACUGGGGUUUGUGAUCGGACGGCUGCUGUUGCUUUGUUGAAGGAAUUGACGGGUUUGAUGAAGAGUAGUAAUGGUGGUGGAGAUUUGGGUGAAAGUGGGGGAAUUAAGGAGAGAGAAGUGAGUUUAGGGGUUGAAGAGUAUAUUCCUAGUGGGAAGAUGAGUAAACCUUUUUGGUCUCGUGGGGUUGAUAUGUUGGGGUAUUCUUUGAAUUCGUUUCGGUUGAGUAAUUUGGAGUUUGUUGAUCCGGAUUCGAGGAGAUCGUCGCGGGUUGUUAGGUUGAUGUUGGAUUCUGAUCAUACUUCUAAGCUACUUGAGGGAUGCAAGACUAGAGGGAUUAAAUUAUGUGGAGCCUUGUCAGCAGCGGCUUUGAUUGCUGCAAGAGCGUCCAAAUCCCUUCCUGAUGGUGAGUGGGAGAAGUAUGCUGUGGUGACUCUGAUUGAUUGCCGUAAACUGCUUGAGCCCGCCCUUUCUAGCCAUCAUGUUGGAUUCUAUCAUUCCGCCAUCCUCAACACUCAUGACAUGAAGGGAAGCGAGGAGCUGUGGGAUCUCGCUAGAAGAACCUACUCAUCCUUCGAAGAUGCAAAGAACUCAAACAAGCAUUUUUCAGACAUGGCCGACCUUAACUUUCUAAUGUGUCGAGCCAUUGAAAACCCAGGUUUGACUCCAUCUUCAUCCUUGCGAACCUCCUUUAUCUCAGUUUUUGAAGAUCCAGUGAUUGAUGAAACAAAUGAGAACUAUGAGGAACUAGGGAUAGAGGAUUGCAUGGGUUGUGCUUCGACUCAUGGUGUUGGCCCAUCCAUUGCCAUAUUUGAUACAAUAAGGCAAAACAAGCUGGAUUGUGCAUGUGUUUACCCAUUUCCAUUGCAUUCAAGGAAACAAAUGCAAGAUUUAAUAGAUAAUAUGAAGAAAAUUCUUAUUGAUUGCUAGUAAUUCUAUAGAGAGAUAGGAUUUAAUAAAAUCUAGCUGACUACUUUUUCUAUUGUAUAAUUAAGGGAGAAAUGUAAAUGAUUCAUCAUUCCUUGAUCAAACUGCAGCCUAUUACUGCUGUUUAUUUAUUGAUUCUCCUAUAUGUAGAGGGGAUUUGGGUA